AUUUUAAAUACUGAAAUAAAUGUUUAUUAUAGACAAGUUUUAAUCCUUGAAGAAAGUUAAGGUGAUUUUCAUACAAUACAAAAACAAAUAUUAUUUUAUGCCAACUGGUGAUAAUAACAUGCGCCCCAAUAAUUUGUCAACACUUGAGAUAAAACUGACUUAACAACAUUAAAUAAUCAGCAAUUAUAAGAUUCCAUAAUUUAUUUGUAUGUGACCAUCAUGAGUGACUUAAACAUCGCUGUUUUGGGUGCCGGAGUGGUCGGUUUGACCACUGCAGUGGAACUUCAGAAAAAAUUCAGGAACGCAAAUGUUGAAAUUCUUGCCGAUAAGUUCUAUUUGGAUACCACUAGUGCCGUGGCCGCUGGACUUUUCCGACCGGGAACAGGAUUCAUCGGACCCAAUCAAGAUGUGACUAGAAAAUGGAUUGCUGAUUCUUAUCACUACUGGGAUGACAUACGGAAGACGCAAGAAGGUCCGACUGCAGGUAUUGUGGAAGUAUCCGGCUAUAUAUUCUCUAGUGAACAUCCUCAAGUCGUUAGAAACCAUUACUUAGAAAAACUGCUGCCGAUAUACCGAAGAACAACCGAACAAGAACUGCAACUCUGUGGAGGGAACUGGAAGUAUGGAUGUUUCUUCACAACUGUUGUUACUCAGUGCACGUAUUAUUUGCCUUGGGUUACCAAUAAAUUCCAAUCAACAGGAGGAAGGAUAAUUGAUAAGAAAAUUAAUUCUUUUGCCGACGUUCCCAGACACUACGACGUUGUAGUUAAUUGCACAGGAUUGGGAUCAAAAGCUUUGUGUAACGACCAUCAACUAAUACCUAUGAGAGGUCAAGUGUUAAAGGUUGCAGCUCCUUGGAUUAAAACAUUCUUCUACGGUGACUACGACACUUACGUUAUUCCAGGUGUAGACUCAGUUACACUUGGUGGUACCCGCCAGUAUGAGUCUUACGACUUAACUGUUAAUAAAUAUGACAGUCUUUCCAUUAAAGAACGAUGCGAAAAGCUGGUCCCCAGCCUCAAAGGGGCGAAAUUGAUUGCUGAAAAGGUUGGAUUAAGGCCGCAUAGAACUCCUGUAAGAGUUGAAAAGGAGUUGCAGAAUGUUAAUGGAAGGAAACUGAAAGUAGUUCACAAUUAUGGUCAUGGAGGAUACGGUGUAACAACCGCUCCUGGAACCAGUUUAUAUGCUGUGGAAUUGGUUAAGGAAGUACUAUCAGGAAAUAGCAAACUGUAAAUAAUUAACAAACGUAGUUUUCUAUAAACGAGUUUAUUAAUAUUAAAAAUAUCACGUAAGUACAUAAAUCUCUUGUUCCAUAUGUAUAACAAAAAUAAUAUACUAUAUAUGUAAAAUAAAAGUUUAUCUCACAA